GAACAAAACAGCUAUGAUCAAACGGAAGUACGUCAUUGCAUGGAGGAAAAAAAACGUCUUCAGCUGGCGGGAAACGUGACUCACGUCAACUAUGAACUUUGAUACUGGAGUUGGACAAUGGUUCAAAUAGUGAUACGGGGAAGCGUGGGUGGCAGGAGUCCUACAGAGUGGCUGCUGAUCGAGCUGCAGGGAGAGAUAAUAUCCAGACACUACUCUAGCCUGGCAGGAAAUGUGAUGGGAGACCUCCUCUACACGAAGGAGGGGGUGCCGGUGUUAAUCGUAGGACAUCACAUAUUGUACGGGAAGCAGGUCAAAUUGGAGAAACCCUUUGCCGUCCUCACCAAGCAUCCUGCCCAAUCACAGGAUAUUGUUGGCAUCAAGCAUGAUGCCUCCCAGGACGCCAAGGAAAGAGAGCAGCAUGGAUCCACAUCCUACUUUGUGUCUGCAAUCAUCAAAAGAAAACUUAUCUUUAAGACGCGACCCAAACCCAUCAUUACUAAUGUACCGAAGAAAGUAUAGUGUGGUGGACUGGACUUGUUCUCAUGGAAACUUGCCUCUGACAUCGUCAUGCUAAAAAAAAGAUAUUGGCACUGGGAGAAGUGGCAGGAAGGAAGACAUUCAUCCAGUUUCUGUACAGCUUCUUUCUAUUGCUGGCAGUCAUUCAAGGCCACAAUUUGACAACCAUUUACACGUUUAGGACAGAAUUUUAGGGGUUAGACUGAGACAGACGUACUAACCACCAGGCUACUGUGCUGCCAGAAUCUAAGGAAUUACUAAAAAAUAUCCAUUAUGAACCUGUUAAAAAAUGUAAUAUUUUUGUUGUUGGAAAUUAUAAAUUUGUUUCCAUUACUAGAUCUAUUUUAAUAGCACCAUUCAUCAGUAAACGUAUACAUAAUUUGCUCACACUUCCAAUAAUCCUUCUCCAGAGAAGACUAGACUUUGUACCCUUUGUUAUUUAAAGAGUGGAUGCAAAUGCAUGUCUUUUAUUAAUGCAUUUGAUUAUGAAAUAUAUUAAGAUGCUGUGAUUUCAAUAAAAAUGCUUUCACAUGCA